AUGGAGUUCCAGUACCGCGACAUCGACGAGCGCCGAAGCCGAUCCCCGCCGCCGCCUGCGGCGCCAAGUACUCCUGGCUCCGGAUCGGCAGACAGCCAUCGCGGCGAUGGUUCAGUAGAGCGCGUGGGGAAUUCGGCCGCGGUAGCAGUCGAUGCUGACGAGCUGCGGCGGCAAGCGGAGAAGGCGAGGAUCAGGGAGCGGAUCCUCAGGGAGGAUCCGGAGCACUGGGAGCUAGAGCUGGAGGUGCGCAGCGAGUUAAGGGAGGAGAUGCUGCAUCGGUCAUGGUCCGCGCUCGGGCGAUCGGCGAGGGGAUCCGACACGGCGGCGGCGUUGUCAACCGGAACUAUUACCACUGCCAACUCAUCGCUUCCUGUUGUUGCGCUUGAGGCCCACCCAAAAUCAAACGCACUAGCAACCGCGCCGACCAAGCGGAAGAGCUCUGAUCGUGCCACCGGAGCAUUGUUGGUUCCAAGCAACAAGAAGCAGAAGAGCACAUUAACCUGCAUGGUGUGUUGCAUCACCGCAAACAGCGAGAAGGCCAUGCAAGACCACCUCAAUGGGAAGGCUCACAAGAGGAAGGUGAUAGCACUUCCGGAGCUGCCAAAGCUAGUGCCAGAGACAGAGCAGGAGAGAGGGCUCGAGGCAGGGGAGGAAGAGGCAAUGGCAAUGGAGACAUUGGGAGAUUACAAACCGACGAGGUUCAUGAUGGCGAUGGCCACAGAAGAGCUGAACGAAGUGACACAGAUGGACGGGUACCUCCUCUGUGAGUUGUGCAAUGUGCCGACGGCAGACCGUGUUACCAUGAUGUGCCACCUACAGGGGAGCAAACACAUCUCUAAUGGCCAGAAGAAGCGUCAACCCUCCAGCAAGCCAUCGAGUGAGGUGGAGGGUACAGUUAGUGCUGCCACUUCAGCUAUUGGCAGUGCUGAUCCUAAAAAGCUGGCUCUGGAGGAUUUCGGUGUGCCGCUGCCACACACUGUGCGGCGCUUGGAAGGAUUUCUGCUCUGCGAGCUGUGUGAUGUGAAGAAUCCAUCGAUGCAUGGCAUGCGUCAACACUUGUCAGGGAAGAAGCACAAGAAUAAGGCGAACGCCAGCUCUGGUGCCUCUGUCAACGUGUCCACAGGUGGAAAGGAAGCAGCCAAAGCGCAGCUGAUAGACAUAGACACGGUUGUCAUCUCGGAAAUGUCAGCAAAGGUGGAAGCCCCAUUGGAGAAGUCCUUGCAUCCAAAGCUUGGUGAUGAUAGUGAGUUGCAAGAAACGACUGUGGCACCACCAAAGGAAGACGUCGCCACUGGGGACAGUGCUAAGUCUGCUGGAACGGAAAUGAUGAAAAGCAAUGCAACUUCUGCUGGAGCUCAGCUCAAUAAUGUCUCUGAUUCGGACUCGCUGACCAUGGAAUCUCACCUGGCUGGCAAAAAGCACAAGCGCAAGAUGGCACUCGCUGCACGAGGAAACAACGAUGUCCUUGCCACUGGGGCUGAUGAGGUGCAAGCCAACAUCUCAAAGUCCACGAAAGCCAAUGUGGAGGCAGGAUUGGUGCCGUCGGCGGUGCCACAGGCAAAUACUACUGCCGACGAAGAAGAAGAAUCAGCCCCGUCGUUGGCAACUCCACAAACGGAAAACACUGUUGCAAUGGCAUUGGCAUCCAAUGCAGUAGAUCGACCAGCAGAAGCCCAACUUGCUACUUGCAUUGUUGAACCUGCUAAGGAUUGCGAGAUUACCGAGGAAGCUGAAGGAGAGCACUUAGCACUUGCCCCUGGCAAGCCAAUCAAGAUCCAGGUGGAGGGCAAGGUGUUCACCGUGACGCGGCAGGAGAAUGGCAGUCUAUCGUGCGAGGUGUGUGGCGGACAUGGAUACGACAAAGACAGCAUGAUUCUGCACCUCUACACCAGUGCGCAUUGGGGCAAAGCCAGUCUUGCAGAGAAAAAAGAGAAGGAGCAAGCGUGCAUGGCUGCAGUUGCAAUGGUGGACAAGGAUGGCGAGGUUGGCAGCAUGGCAAGCAAGGGUUCUGGUGGACUGAGUAGUAGCAGUUGGGACCUUAGCUGUAAUCGGUUGAAGGGUGACAUCCUGAUGGGGCCUCCAAAACAACCUAAGGGGUCUCCAUUUAAAGAUAUAACCAACAUCACUAAAUCUGGUUCAUUUCUGAACGAUCCAAAUGCCCUUAAAGCUUACCUCCUUGGUAAUAGACUGCAAGAUGUGGAGAAGGAAAAAGCAGGGGCACAUCCAACCUUGAACUCAGCUCCAUUGACAACAGAAGUGCCAUUUCAUUGA